UUUGCGUUGAUGUUGAUGUGUUUUCGGUUUUUGGCUGCUGGCAUCAAUCGCGAAGCGCAAAACUUUGUUGAAACUACAUAAUAAUUUUGUAAAAUGCCACCUAAAGAGAAAGAAUCCAAAGAAAAAGAUGAUAAGCCUGUAAAAAUAAAUAAAUGGGACGGUUCUGCAGUAAAAAAUGCCCUAGAUGAUGCCGUGAAAGAGGUACUUACAAAAAAAUUCAACUAUAUUGAAAAUUUUGCUCUCAUGGAUGGAAGGCUGGUUAUAUGUGGUAUUGCAGUUGGUGUAGCUAUGUUUGCUUUGAUUUGGGAUUACUUGUACCCAUUUCCACAAUCCAGGCCAAUUCUAAUUUUCUCUGUUGCAACAUAUUUUUUCAUGAUGGGAAUUUUGACUCUCUACACUACUUACAAAGAAAAAGGAAUUUUUGCAGUUUGUAUCCAAAAAGAUAGUUCUAAGAAGGAAUGUACAUGGGAAGCUAGUUCAUAUAUGCAAAAGUAUGAUGAUAAGUAUAACUUAACCCUGUCUGUGAUAGACAGUAAAACAAAACAGCGUAGAGACACAAAUUCUAAGAAAAGUGUUGCCAAUUUUGUUGAUGUGAAUGGCAGCAUAGUGACUGAAUUGGUAGAGGCAGAAAUCACAAGGAUGCACAAUUCCCUUCUUGCUGAUCGUAAGGACAAGUGAUUCUUAAGAUAUACUUGAUUUUGCCUUUAAAUUAUUCCAUGGUUUUAUAUUUGCAAUUAAAUUCGUUUGGUUCUUCAUAA